CAAAUCAAAACCCUUUAAACUGCUACUAGUGCCAAAAAUUUCCAAAGCUCACACUCACUCCCUCUCUCUGGCGCUAAAACCCCUCCCUUAAACCCUAAACCAUCGUCUCUCUCUCUCUCUCCAUGUUAUCCCUCGCAACCAAGAGAACCCCCGUCCUCAAAUGGACAAACCUCGGCCGCCGCACCAUAUCCACCAGUCGUCUCCACUUAGCCCCGUCCGCGUCGGAGUCGCGGUCGCUGCCGCCGUCCGAUUACGCGACCCCCGUCGCCGGCACUAAGGUCCUUGAGUCGUUCACCGAGGAAUUCGAAAUCGGGUCAAAGAAGAUCACUUUCGAGACGGGAAAGAUGGCUCGGUUUGCCAACGGUGCUGUCGUUUUGGCCAUGGAAGAGACCAAGGUUUUAUCCACUGUUGCUUCGGGUAAAGGCGACGCCGUUCGUGACUUCCUGCCCCUCACUGUUGAUUACCAAGAGAAACAAUUUGCUCAAGGUGUGAUUCCCACCACCUUCAUGCGAAGAGAAGGUGCACCAAAAGAACGUGAACUUUUAUGCGGCCGCCUCAUUGAUCGACCCAUACGACCUCUUUUCCCGGCUGGAUUAUACCAUGAGGUCCAGGUGAUGGCAAGCGUUCUUUCUUCUGAUGGGAAGCAAGAUCCAGAUAUAAUGGCUGCUAAUGCAACAUCUGUUGCUCUUAUGUUAUCAGAUAUCCCUUGGGGUGGCCCCAUUGGUAUGAUUCGCAUAGGGCGGAUUUCCGGAGAAUUCAUUGUUAAUCCAACCAUGGAUGAGCUCAACAUGAGUGAUCUCAACUUAGUAUAUGCCUGCACAAAGGAUAAAACCUUGAUGAUUGAUGUGCAAGCUCGUGAGAUAUCAGAAAGAGAUCUGGAAGCGGCCUUAAGGCUUGCUCAUCCUGAGGCAGUUAAAUAUCUUGAGCCUCAAAUCAGACUGGCGGCCAGAGCAGGUAAGCGGAAGAAGGAAUAUAAACUGUCCAUGAUGUCAGAGAUGACAUUGGAAAAAGUCAGGAACUUGGCUGAAGCACCUAUUGAAGCUGUCUUUACAGAUCCUACGUAUGGGAAGUUUGAACGUGGAGAGGCCUUAGAUAGGAUUACACAAGAUGUGAGAAGAGAACUCGAGGAAGAGGGUGAUGAAGAAAGCUUGAAAGCUCUACCAAAGACAGUUGACACAGUGAGGAAAGGGAUUGUUCGCAGAAGAAUUAUAGCUGAAGGACUUAGAGUUGAUGGGAGACGUCUUGAUGAAGUUAGGCCUUUGUUCUGUGAAGCUGGUAAUCUUCCUCAAUUGCACGGAUCAUCACUUUUCUCCCGUGGAGAUACUCAGGUGCUUUGUACUGUGACCCUUGGAGCACCCGGAGAUGCCCAACGUUUGGAUUCCUUAGUUGGUCCCUCAACUAAACGUUUCAUGCUUCAUUAUAGUUUCCCACCAUUUUGUAUAAAUGAAGUGGGUAAAAGAGCUGGCCUGAAUAGGCGUGAAGUCGGGCAUGGUACUCUAGCUGAGAAAGCUCUGCUAGCUGUCUUACCUCCUGAAAAUGAGUUACGAUAUACAAUUCGAAUUAAUUCGGAGGUCAUGGCUUCUGAUGGUUCAACGUCAAUGGCAACUGUAUGUGCAGGCAGCAUGGCUUUGAUGGAUGCGGGAAUUCCUUUACGUGAACAUGUAGCAGGUGUUUCAGUGGGCCUUGUGACUGAUGUUGAUCCCUCAACUGGCAUCAUCAAGGAUUACCGCAUAUUGACUGAUAUUUUGGGCCUGGAAGAUCAUUUGGGGGACAUGGACUUUAAAAUUGCAGGCACGCGGAAUGGAAUAACAGCAAUCCAAUUGGAUAUAAAGCCUGCUGGAAUCCCUCUCGAUAUUGUAUGUGAGUCUUUGGAACCAGCAUUUAAAGCCCGGCUUCAAAUCCUUGACCACAUGGAACAAGAGAUAAAUGCACCACGUACUCUGGAUGAAAGGAAUUCUCCUCGAAUUGUUACCUUGAAGUACAGCAAUGAAGCUCUUCGCCGCUUGAUUGGGCCUCUUGGUGCCUUAAGGAGAAAAAUUGAGGAAGAAACUGGUGCACGGAUCUCUGUGAAUGAUGGAUCACUUACAAUAGUUGCUAAGAACCAUGGGGUACUGGAUAAAGCGUUAGAAAAGGUUGAUUUUAUAAUUGGUCGUGAGAUUGAAGUUGGAGGGAUCUAUAAAGGCGUCGUAACAUCGAUCAAAGAAUAUGGUGCUUUUGUGGAGUUUAAUGGCGGCCAACAAGGCCUUCUACACGUAUCUGAAUUAUCUCACGAACCGGUUUCCCGAGUUUCAGAUGUGGUAUCUAUUGGCCAGCAACUGCACUUGAAGUGCAUAGGUCAGGAUAUUCGCGGUAACAUUAAACUCUCUCUUAAAGAAACUCUACCAAAACCAAGAUCUGGAACAAAUAAUGUGGUUGAAAUCGAAGGAUCUUUUUCACAAAUAAAACAAGCAACUGAUUCUUGGGCAUCGGUUGGGAGCAUUCCUACUGAGCAAGAAAAGCAGCACUCCGCUGUGAGUAGGCAUGAAUCUAGCGGGGUGGCAUCUUCUUCUUACUCAUCACCAUCUAUUCUAAUUCGAAGUGCUGCACAGUGUGACGAGGAGGAAAAAUCAGCCGGCUUGAAACGGAAUUCAAAAGGUGGCUUUGAGGCUCCAAUGAAUGCGAAAAGUCUAAAAAUUGGGGUGGAGGCAACAUCUAAGGUUCAUCAAAUCCGUGCACGGGGAUUAGUUCUUGACUUGGGUGGUGGAAUUCGUGGGAUGUAUCGGUUUGAGACUAAUGGGAAAAGAGACUUUGUGGUCGGAGACGAGUUGCGAGUUAAGUGUUCGAGUUUUACAAGCAAGAGAAUUCCGGUAAUGUCUAUGGCAGAAGAUGAUUAGUCUUGGCAUCGCUUAAUAUCCUUCGUGAGAAUAGAAGUUGCGUGCCAGUUUCAACAAGUCAGAACAUUUCUGAGAUGGAAUAUCACAUACGAGACGCUCAUAGUUUGUUGAAAAUAGUGUGCUAACUGUGCGGAACGUGUGCAUGGAUCGAGGCAUGUGAUGCGGAACUUGGUGGGCAAAUGCAGCUUUGGUUUGACCUAGGGUUUUGCGGCCGCUUCUGAGUAGAGGGUUCGAUAUUAAGCACAUCCUGAACUUCCCCUGGAAUUUCCUGAUUAUUUAUGCAGGACACAUGCUUCACAAUUUUGAUUAGCUAAGCACAUGCGUUCCGUAUCGUCACUGUAUAUUUUGUGGUUUAUUAUUUAUUUUCAUAUUAUUAUCGCUCACUUGUUUUAGAAGGCACACCGAUAGAAUUUACCAACGCAAAGUUUCAGUUUUUUUCUGGGUUGAGGAAUAUAAAGGCUUACCAACGCAAAGUUUCAGUUUUUUUCUGGGUUGAGGAAUAUAAAGGCAGGCCGAUAGAAUUUACCAAUGCGAAGUUUAGAGUUUUUUUCUGGGUUGAGGAAUAUAAAGUGUGUCGCACAUUGUCUAUUA